AUUGAAGCUUCCCCAUCAAACACUGGCUGCGAUGAGCAGUGAAUUUGCUGUCCAAUCGAGAGUGUCCCAAUUGCUUGGUGAAAUUUGAAGGAGGGUUGGCAUCAGGAGGAUCAAUACCACUUCAUUCACCAUGUCGGAAGGCGAACAACCGCGUGUAAAGCGGUCUAGGUUUGACACCAGUGGUCCUGCGGUGCCAUCGGUUCCUGCUGCAGCAAAGCCGAUUGAUAAAGAUGCUGCGAAGGCUGCGCUGGAAAGGGCCAGAAAAUUGCUAGAACUCAGGCAGCUCAAUGAAAAGCUUAAAAACAAGGUACCCAAGGCAUCUGGCACACCAGCUGUGCUGCCACCACCUGCAGUAGCGCCAGCCCUUCCUCCAGGUGCAAAGCCCAAGACUUUCACGCCGGCCUCUUUGUAUCUGGACGAUCAGGGCAGGGAGGUGGAUGCGCAAGGCCGCCUGAUCCAGCGGAAUGACACUAGAGUAGCUGCGCCAACCUUGAAGCUCAAUGAGAGGGUGGAGGCAAAGAAACCAGCAGAGCCCAAGAAGCCUGAGCCUCCCAAGCGCAGCUUCUAUGAUCCGGAAAUGGGGGACCGGCUGCUCAACAAAGUUCAGCGGAGACCGCGGGCCAGCUUUGAAUUUGUGCAGCACGGCCGGUUUGAAAAGCAGGCUGAGGUCCUGCGCCUCAAGGCCCAGUUUGGGGAAGAGGCUGUGAAGGCGCGGCCGGGGAAGGCCUUUGAGGACAAGAGGAGCGCUGCGCCGGUGGGGGAUGUAAACAUGAUCCCUCUGGGCCAGCGGCCUCCAAAGGAGGAGAAGAAGGAGCCGGAGCUCGACCCCAUACCAGAUGUGGAGUGGUGGGACGCGCGCAUCCUUCGAGACCCAGAGAAGAUCACGAUCCUUGUGGAGCACCCUGUUCCCAUUGACCCGCCUGCAGAGGAGCCGCCGCCCCCGCCCAUGCCGCUCAUGCUGACUGCAAAGGAGCGGAAGAAGCUGAAGACGCAGCGGCGCAACGAGCGCGAGAAGGAUCGGCAGGAGAUGAUCCGGCAGGGGCUGAUGGAGCCGCCCAAGCCCAAGGUCAAAAUCAGCAACCUCAUGCGCGUGCUGGGCAACGAGGCCGUCGCCGACCCAUCCGCUAUGGAGGCCCAAGUGCGCGCGCAAAUGGAGGAGCGCGAGCAGGCGCACAAGGACCGCAACCUGGCGCGCAAGCUGACGCCGGCGGAGCGCAAGGAGAACAAGCACGUCAAGCUGGUGGGCGCGGCCGGUGAGGGUGAGGCACCCACCGUUGCAGUCUACGCAGUCGACCGCCUCGCCAAGCCGACACACCGCUUCAAAGUCCGCGCCAACGCUGAGGAGCUGCACAUGACGGGCUGCUCUGUGACGACGGAGGCGCUCAGCGUGGUGGUUGUGGAGGGGGGACCCAAGUCCCACAAGCGCUACAACAAGCUCAUGCUGGGGCGCAUUAAGUGGGAGGAGGAGCAGGAGGAAGAUGAGGAUGAUGACAGGAGGCAGCAGGACGAAGACAAUGUGCAGCGGAAGAUACCUGGGUGCAGGCUGGCGUGGACAGGCAAAGUGAAGGCCAUGGCCUUUUCAAAAUUCAUGGUGCAUGAUGCCAAGUCUGCAGCGGAGGCGCGCAAGUUUCUGGAGGAGCGAGGCGUUGCGCACUACUGGGACCUUGCAGAGGCCACUGUGCAGUGAUUUUUCCAGUCCGAUUGCUUCACUCAUCUAGGAAUGACCCAAAGUCAGUCUCAGUCCUUGGAUAAAGUGCGGACCUAAGUCCACCUGUCGGACCAGACUUCUCGGACCGGACAGGUCAAGGGUUUCAUUGCAUCAUCUUGCAGUGGGUGUAAAGUGCAGUGUUCUGCAUGCUCCAAGUUUGUAACCCUCAUGAUUCUGAGGC